AUGGAGUCACUAGCAACAUCUGGGACUCCCCUUCAUGCACCAUACACCUUCUCCUUCAUGAGGCGGGGGCGGUCGCUAAAGCCUGAAGAGGGAAUGCCAACUGCAGCACAGCCUACAGAGCAAACUCCAAAUCCUUACGAAAACUCGAUCAAAACCAUUAGUAUUAUCACAACCGUUGAGGAGUUUUGGUCCACUUACAACUUCCUUCGUAGACCGAAUGAUCUUCCCACUACCACGGAUUACCAUUUUUUCAGGGAAGGAAUCAAACCAACUUGGGAAGAUUCCAACAAUGCAAAGGGUGGCAAGUGGAUCAUUCGAUUGCCAAAAGGACUUGCGAGCCGUUACUGGGAAGAAGUGAUCUUGGCUCUCAUCGGAGGCCAGUUCGUUGGUGUCCCUGAUGGAGAGAUUUGCGGAAUUGUAGUUUCCAUUCGAUAUUCCGAAGAUAUUCUUGGUAUCUGGAACAAAACUUCCACAGACACCAUUAUUGUUGAGCGCCUUCGAGAUGCCAUCAAGAAAGUCCUGCAACUACCUACCUUUGCUAACAUGGAGUACAAGCCACACCAAAACUCCAUUCAGGACAAGUCCUCCUUCCGCAACACUCACGUUUGGAAAUCCAAGUCAGGAGGAGGAGGAGGAGGAGGAUCAGCACCACCACCACCAGGACCAGACGCCCGUCGUUCCGGAUCUUGGGGAGAAGAUAACCGAAAGCCGCGCCGAGGUGGUGGCGAGAGUGAUCGGGCUUGGCGCUAA